AUGCUGGUCGCCAAGCCCCGAAGGAGACCCCCUCCCCCCCACGGCGGAGCAGAGGCACGGCAGAUCGGGACGCACGGACGCACGGGUACGGCUCCCGACAUGGACUUGUCUUCUAAGAUUGAUGGACCUCCUCCAUCCAAGACGAGCAGAGAAAAGAUGACCCCGUUCCACCGCUCCCCUCUGUCGGGCCCCAGCAAGCCUCAGGAGAGUCCUCCACCGGUGGUCCCAGGCAAGCCUCUAGCUCAGGCGGCUCCCAGCUCGGGUCAGCCCUCAGCGCCCACAAAGUCUUCCAUAAAGAAAGCCACAAGGCCUGUAAUUGUCAAGGCGUCCACCCCUGCUCCCGCGGCGCCCCCUGCACCCCCUGCCAAAGUCAAACCUACAAAAAAGAAAAGCAAAGAAAAAGCAGCUACGACCAGCUCCACCAAACCAGCAGCAAAGAAGAGAAAAAGAAAACUCGGACAAUAUAACUUAGUGCCUAAAAAGAAGGUGAAGGGCAACAAACCUCAGGACAAGAAAGAACAGCCAGCUGAGGUCCAGGAGAAAGCUCAAAAGAAGCCCCUGGAGAAGCCCCUGGAGAAGCCCCAGGAGAAGGUCCAUGAGAAAGUUCAUGAGAAGGCCAAGGAGGCAACAGAGCUGAGGCUGCAGCCUCAGGAGCUGCCCAUGCUCCCGUUCCUCCCCCACAGAGUGCCCCUGCUGGAGACAGAGACAGAGAGUGGAGAGUACACAGAGGUGGACUUGGAGUGUUUGGACCUGCGCGCUCAAGAGGCUCUUCUCUCCCCACAGACAGGUUUUGCAGCAGAAGGGCCGGUGACUGAGUCGGAGCUGGCAGAGGAGUUGCCGCUUUGCUGCUGUCGAAUGGAGACGCCUUACAACGGAGGAAGUCUCUCUGCACAGGACCACACUUGCAUGGCCAUGGAGAGCUACGACGGCCUGCUUAGUCGCUGUCAACGGCGUGUGGUGAAGCAGGAGAUGAUGCGUCCAUCCAAAACCGUGCACCUGCUGGUUCUGUGUGAGGACCACCGCGCGGGGAUGGUCAAGCACCAGUGCUGCCCGGGCUGUGGCCUCUUCUGCCGAGCGGGCUCGUUUAUGGAGUGCAGGCCGUAUGGAAAUAUCUCUCACCGUUUCCACCGCGACUGCGCCUCCAUCCUGAAGGAGCACCGCUUCUGCCCGCACUGUGGGGAAGACGCCUCCGGAGCCCACAGCGUGAGAGUGCCCAAGCCAGAUCCCUCCCCAUCGGUGCCCAGGUCCAGCCCCGGGCCCCCCCUGCCGUCUGUGGCCACGCUGGCCUCGGUCUCCACACCCCCCGCGAUCCCCCAGACGCUGCGGGCGAAGAAGAGCUGCCAGCCCCCGAGGAAUGGAGCCACCUCAGCAAGCAGGCCGAUGGGUGAACCCGACAGACCAAACGAGUCACUGGAGACUAUCUUGUCUGCUUUGGAGGAUGAAUCCUUGAAACCCAAAAAAACAAAGUACCCUGUGCGGCAGCUGUACGUCUCUGCCAAACAGGGCGAUCUACAGAAAGUGCUCCAUCUCCUGGUGGACGGAAAAGACCCGAACUAUGUGGACGACCAGAGCAAACGGACCGCCCUCCACGCUGCAGCGGCCGCGGGACACCAGGAGGUCUGCCACGUGCUCGUUCAGGCUGGUGCCAACAUUGAGACGUUUGAUGACGACCAGCGAACGCCGCUGAUGGUGGCGUGUGAGAACAACCAGCUAGACACAGUGCAGUACCUGAUAAGGACGGGGGCCUCGGUCAGCCACAAGGAUAUAAUGGGCUUCACUUGUUUACAUCUCGCCGCUAAACUGGGACAUUAUGACAUGAUCCAGUACCUCCUCAGCAGGGCGUCCAAACAUAUAAACCGCCAGGAUGAUGGUGGGUGGACCCCGAUCACAUGGGCCAUCGAAUACAAGCACAAAGAGAUCGUGAAGCUGCUGCUGUCCCGGGGCUCCGACGUCAACAUCAGGGACAAGGAGCAGAAUGUGUGUCUGCACUGGGCAGCUCUGUCGGGCUGUGAUGACAUCGCUCAGGCUCUGCUGGACGCUCGCUGUGACCUGAGCGCAGUGAACGUCCACGGGGAUCUGCCUCUGCACAUUGCGGCCCGAGAAAACCACCUGGACUGUGUCAUGUUGUUUCUUUCUCGCGGCUCGGAUGUAAACCAGAGGAACAAAGAAGGAGCCACGCCUCUGGACUGCUGCCAUUACUCUUCCAAAGUGUGGAGCGCACUCAACACCAACAAGAAGCUGACGGACGCACGGAGGAGGCGGGACUGUCCUGAGGAGAGGGUGUUGUGCAGUGAUAUUUCCCGAGGUUACGAAGCGUCUCCCAUCAGCUGUGUAAACGGUGUGGACAACGAGCCGUGUCCCGACAGCUUUAAGUACAUCCCAGAGAGCUGCAUCACCUCACCCCUGCACAUUGACAAGGACAUCACGCACCUGCAGCACUGCAGCUGCACAGACGACUGCUCCUCUGUGGCCUGUAUGUGCGGCCAGCAGAGUUUGCGGUGUUGGUACGACAGCGAGGGCCGUCUACCACUGGAUUUCUGCCAGCGUGAGCCCCAAGUUCUGUACGAGUGUAACCACGCUUGUUCUUGCUGGAGGUCGUGCAGGAACCGGGUCGUUCAAAACGGUUUGAGAGUUCGUCUCCAAGUCUACAGGACACAGAAGAUGGGCUGGGGCGUGAGGGCCAUGCAGGACGUCCCACAAGGAUCCUUCAUCUGCGAAUACGUGGGGGAGAUCAUAAGUGACUCGGAGGCAGACAAAAGGGAGGACGACUCGUUCCUCUUCACCCUAGGGAACAAGGUGGGCGAGGCUCACUGCAUCGACUCCAGACGCUAUGGAAACAUCGGCCGCUUUGUGAACCAUCUGUGUGAGCCAAACCUGCUGGCUGUCAAAGUCUUCACCAUGCAUCAGGACCAGCGCUUCCCCCGCAUCGCCUUCUUCUGCAGCAGAGGCAUCCGGGCUGGGGACCAGAUAGGGUUUGACUAUGGAGACCACUACUGGAAGAUCAAGAGCAAAUACUUCAGCUGCCAGUGCGGGUCGACAAAGUGCCGCUAUCCGUCUACCCGCCGGUAG